AUGUCUGCUGUGCCCACCACUGCUGCGCCCGCAGCACCUGGCACACUGACUGCUAUCGCCACUCCCCAGGUUAAUUCAGCCACCCAAGGAGCGCCCCAGGCGGCCAACGGCGACACCCCACCUCUCGAUUGGGAAUCCGAGAUCCAGCUCGUGUCCUCAUUAGCAAAACUUCAAGAACUUGAAAGAAAAAUCCAUGAACUGCGCCAACUUGUGCCCGGCAAGCUUCUAGAGCCAUUACAAUCCCUCACAAAUCCUAAAUGGGGACCACAAGGUAGCUCCUUUGCCGAUUCUCCGGUUCAAUUACGCGAGGGACUGGAACAAGCCGCGCGCACUCAACUCGCCAAUAUCGAGAACUUCAAGAGCAUGUGGCAGGGUCCAGAGCUGCAACCUGUCUGGGCGCAUGUGGAGUCCCGCCUCAAGGAUUCCGCCGGGCAGAUCGUGCAACCCACAGGGAUGUGGGAAAGGGACUACGAUGUGCUUCUCGAGGAGCUUCUCAAGGUCGAGCGGGGCAAGGAUGAAGAGCUUCUGCGCGAAGACGAGGAAGCUGAGCGGGCUAAGGCGCAAUCAUCGGAGGGAGAGUGGCAAGGUGUUGUGGAGAGCUUUAUCCAACGGAAUCUGCCUGGUGUGCGUGUGAUCAAGGAGCAAGAAACGCUUUCGCUGGCGAUCGCGCUUGUCAAGGCCGGGGUUAUCUUCCACGUUGCGGGCGUGAAGGAGCCUGACGCGCCAGGCGUGGCUGAUUGGCACGUCUCAAGCAGAGCUCCGCCUGGUCGCGUCCCGACGAAGCUUGAGAAUUCAAUGACGGAGUGUCUCAACUCACGGCCACGGAAAUGGGAUCUGGCUUUCCUGCUGGACAUGAUCUCGUCAUACGCAGACCUCAAGCAGACCUCGUGCGUGAAGUGUAACAAGCUCACCAACAACUCCGCCCAGCUGCCAACUAUCCGCCGAGCUCAGUCUACCCAGCCGUCCCAAGGCGAGCCACGUACGUUCGCAUUCGACGCAUUGCAUUCCAGUUGUGUGUAA